UAAAUACACAAGAGAGGCUAUAUACAGUUACCUCGUCGGAAUAAACCUCACCCCUGUACAACUCCGGCCACCGAUUCCGGCGACCAAGUUGGUACUUGAUAAACUCCGGCAGCUAUCGAUUCCGUUCCGGCGGCCGGCUAGCAGCUAGCUCUGUGGUCGAUCUCCUCGCGCUCACCUUCAUCAAUGGAGUACCACGUCGGCGGUGUCAUCGGACAGUCACCCAAGCCCAAGGUCGUCUUCGUGCUCGGCGCCACCGCCACCGGCAAGUCCAAGCUCGCCAUCUCCAUCGCCGAGCGGUUCGGCGGCGAGGUGAUCAACUCCGACAAGAUCCAGGUGCACGACGGGUUCCCCAUCAUCACGAACAAGGUCACCGAGGAGGAGCGCGCCGGCGUCCCCCACCACCUCCUCGGCGUCCUCCACCCGGACGCCGACUUCACCGCCGAGGACUUCCGGCGCGAGGCGGCCGCCGCCGUCGCCCGCGUCCUCGCGGCGGGCCGCCUCCCCGUCGUGGCCGGCGGGUCGAACACCUACGUCGAGGCGCUGGUGGAGGGCGGCGGCGGCGCGUUCCGCGCGGCGCACGACUGCCUCUUCCUGUGGACCGACGUCGCGCCGGGCCUGCUGCGGUGGUACACCGCGGCGCGCGUGGACGACAUGGUGCGGCGCGGGCUGGUGGGCGAGGCGCGCGCCGGGUUCGUCGACGGCGCCGGCGCCGCGGACUACUACACCCGCGGCGUGCGCCGCGCCAUCGGGAUCCCGGAGAUGCACGGGUACCUCCUGGCCGAGCGCUCGGGCGGCGAGGCGGCCGACGACGGCGAGCUCGCCGCCAUGCUCGACGGCGCCGUGCGCGAGAUCAAGGCCAACACCUACCGCCUCGCCGCGACGCAGGUGGCGAAGAUCCGGCGGCUGAGCGCGCUGGACGGGUGGGACGUGCGGCGCGUGGACGCGACGGUGGUGGUGGCGCGCAUGGCGGAGGGGGCGCCGCACAGGGAGACGUGGGAGGCGGUGGUGUGGAAGCCGUGCGAGGAGAUGGUCGGCCGCUUCCUCGAGGCGUCCGCCGCCGUGGAUGACGAUGACAAUGCCGCCGCCGGUUCGCCGGCGGCGUUGGCACCGAUGACGGCGGCGUGUCGCCUGAGGGCGCAGCUGGUGCAGCUGCAAUACUAAUUAGAAUGGAGUGGCUUGGCGUUGGCUAGCGUUAGUGCUACUACUAUAAUUAAUAUAUAUAGUGCAAGCAGAUCGCGUUUGAUUAGAGUGACAAUUAUAUGUCGUCGAAAGUACGUUUUGUGAUGGAAGUAACAUCAUCCAGUCACUAUAAGUGGGACCCAUAUGUCAUCAGUUUAAUUAAAGAGAUGAUUUUUUUUGCGGGG